CGGUAAUCAAAUGCGAAAAGUAUGUCGUUGGUAAACCAAAUGUGAAAAAUUUCCUGGUAAACUGGGCUAAUCUAAAUUUGAAUUCCUGGUAAACCGUGUGUUAGUCAGAUGCUUUGUAAACCAAAUGCGAAAGAUUCCUUUCUGAACCGAGUGUUAUAUAGACAGAUGCUUGGUAAACCAAAUACGAAAGAUCCCUUUGUGAACCGAGUGUUAAAUAGACAGAUGCUUGGUAAACCAAAUGCGAAAGAUUCCUUUGUGAACCGAGUGUUAUAUAGACAGAUGCUUGGUAAACCAAAUGCGAAAGGUUCCUUUGUGAACCGAGUGUUAUAUAGACAGAUGCUUGGUAAACCAAAUGCGAAAGAUUCCUUUGUGAACCAAGUGUUAUAUAGACAGAUGCUUGGUGAACCAAAUGCGAAAGAUUCCAUUGUGAACCGAGUGUUAUAUAGACAGAUGCUUGGUAAACCAAAUGCGAAAGGUUCCUUUGUGAACCGAGUGUUAUAUAGACAGAUGCUUGGUAAACCAAAUGCGAAAGGUUCCUUUGUGAACCGAGUGUUAUAUAGACAGAUGCUUGGUAAACCAAAUGCGAAAGGUUCCUUUGUGAACCGAGUGUUAUAUAGACAGAUGCUUGGUAAACCAAAUGCGAAAGGUUCCUUUGUGAACCGAGUGUUAAAUAGACAGAUGCUUGGUAAACCAAAUGCGAAAGGUUCCUUUGUGAACCGAGUGUUAUAUAGACAGAUGCUUGGUAAACCAAAUGCGAAAGGUUCCUUUGUGAACCGAGUGUUAUAUAGACAGAUGCUUGGUAAACCAAAUGCGAAAGAUUCCUUUGUGAACCGAGUGUUACAUAGAAAGAUGCUUGCUAAACCAAAAGCGAAAGGUUCCUUUGUGAACCGAGUGUUAUAUAGACAGAUGCUUGGUAAACCAAAUGCGCAAGUUUCCCUGGUUAACCAAGUGAAUCUAACUAAAUGUGAAAAGGGCGAUUUUCGGUUUCAAGAACCAAAUUCAUUUACAUAUUUCGACGUUAUCAAUGUCGCCAAAUAUUUUCAUAUUUUUACGAAUUGUAGAUUUAAAUGUCCUCUUUUGUAUACUUCAGUUUUAAUGAUGGUUAUUAUUUUAAUUUUUUCAUUAAAGAAUAUUAGCGAACCCCCUACGUCGCUUUCAAAAAUAAAGUUUGAUAAAUUUAGAGCAAGUUGGAAUCAGUUCUGAUGUAUUUUCUCAAAAUAUGCCCGGCAGAAACAAUUCACC